AUUUCUGUCGUGCAUUUACCAAAGAAAUAAUCGUUUUCACAUAUAAAUUCAUUGCAAUUUUGAGGGGUGAGGAAAUCAGUCUUAAUUACACUGUAGUAAUUAGAUUGUGAGUCAAUUUCUAUUUAGGACACCCCUGUCAUUACUGAGUACUGCUCCUGGCACUUCCUUGUUCAAAAGUUUUAUUUAGGGGAAGGCUUGGUGAAAAGUUGGACACCGGUUUAGAUAUCUCGACGUUGUUUUGUCCCACAUCAAGGGCAUGGAUCGUAUUUAUCAUACGUUUUGUUAUAACUAGCGUGUAGCUUUCGCAGUUUUCCCCAUGGCUGUGAUUAUUGGAAGCAGGCUAACGUUGCAGUGAGCGGCUCCAUAAAGAGGAAGAUGUCCUCGGCUAACGUUAGCGAAGACAUCCGAGGGAAGUUUCCCCUGCAUGCAGCAGUGUGGGAGAAUGACUACAGGACGCUGGAGCAAGAAAUAACGUUACCACAGAAUGACAUCGAGGCUGUGGAUCCCAGGGGUCGGACACCUCUGCACCUGGCUGUGUCGCUCGGGCACCUGGAGUCCGUAAGAGUCCUUCUGAGACACGGUGCUGCAGUGACGAAAGAAAACAGCAUGAAUUGGACAGUGCUGCAGGAGGCAGUAAGCACCGGAGAUCCAGAGAUGGUUCAGUUAGUGCUUCAACGCAGAGACUACCUCAAAGCCUCCACUGCUCUGGGAGGAGUGCCUGAACUGCUGUCAAAGAUCCGAGAGUCUCCAGACUUUUAUAUGGAAAUGAAGUGGGAAUUCACCAGUUGGAUCCCUCUUCUGUCCCGGGUUUGUCCAAGUGAUGUUUGUCGCAUUUGGAAAAGUGGCGCGAGCCUGCGAGUGGAUGCCACUCUUCUCGGCUUUGAAAACAUGACGUGGAUCAGGGGGCGCAGAAGCUACAUCUUCAGAGGAGACGAUUCAUGUGCAGAGUUGAUGGAAGUUAACCAUGACGAUGAAGUCGUGGACACUGAACGCUUCAACAUAUCUCAAGAAAUGGAGGACGUCACGCUCGAGUCAAUGCAACCAGCUGAACAGGAAGUUGCCAAAAGGUUGACCACUCCUAUUGUCAACACCUACUUGGACACCAAGGAUAUCGCUUUUGAGAGGAAUAAGUCGGGGAUUUGGGGCUGGAGAGCCGACAAAACUGAAGUGGUCAACGGAUUUGAAGCAAAGGUUUUUAGUGUGAACAAUGUAAAUGUGGUAAUCAGAACGAGGACAGAACAUCUUACAGACGAGGAGAAAGCCAGGAUAAAAAGUGAAAGGAACAUCUUGGAGUCUUUGCUUGGGACUGUGGAGCAGCACAUCAGUGCACAAGGGGACCUGACUCUUGAGUAUGCAACUGCCACCAAUCCCACUGCCAUCACUCCAGAGGAAUACUUUGAUCCUGACUUUGACCUGGGGAACAGAGACAUCGGCCGACCCAUUGAGCUGAGCAUUCGAACACAGAAGUUCAAAGGUACUCUGUGGAUGAGCGAGGAACAUCCUUUGUCGCUGGUGGAGCAGGUGACCCCAAUUAUCGACCUCAUGGCUCGGACCAGUUCCCAUUUUGCCCGGCUACGAGACUUCGUAACCCUGAAGUUUCCUCCUGGAUUCCCUGUUAAAAUAGAGAUUCCCCUUUUUCAUGUGUUGAAUGCCAGGAUUACAUUUGGUAAUGUCAAUAAAUGCAGUACUGAAGAGGAGGCGAAAACAACACCAGCAGCCACACCAACAUCCUCUGGAGAAGAUGAGGAAGCUUCAGCGCCGCCUCUGUUUCAGGUGUGUCCUUCAGUGUUUGAGGUGCCUCACAGUUACCACCGCCGAGGAGGGAGCCGACACACACCGAUGUCCAAUAAUGAUGAGGAGCUUUUGCAGUACGCCAUCCAUCAGAGUCUCCUGGAGUCUCGCAGAGUCCCGGGCCAGGAGGGGAUUUGGGAUGAUGCUGAUGGGGAAUUCACUGAUGUAAUGCCCAGCAGCCAGAGUGACAGGAGUAUCCCAGAGGGGGUGCUGGUGGAUUAUGGAGACACCCCCAGCUCUGUCAGCUCGCCCUCUGCCUCAAGCCCCGACUCAGAGCUCCGCCUGGCCAUGGAGCUCUCUGCACGGGCGCAGGAGGAAGAGGAAAGGUUGAGGAAGCAGGAGGAAGAGGAACUAGAGAGGAUCUUGCAGCUAUCACUCACCGAGAAGUAAAAGGAAUAAGAGGGAAUAAUAAUAAUACAACUUUUCCAGAUCCAGAAGCAACCACCACACCUCAAUUUUCCUUCCUAACCACUCUAGUCAUCUAUGCAACCGCAGGUUUCUUUCUGUAGCAGAUCAUUCUUGCACAGGCAAUAUCAGACUCUCGCCAUCCGAUAUUUUCCAAAAGGUAUUUUUGGUAAGAGCAUACUCCUUUAUAUAUAUAUAUUUCUAUCUCAGCAUAGCGUGUCUCCAUCCUCAAGCUUAUUUCAUGGACUUUUUCAGAAAAUUUUGGGUCGGUUCUACUUUUUAUUUAUUUUCUAUUCAAAUCAGAGUCACAGCAGCAGCAGCAGCAGUAACCCACAUGUGUCGAUCACAUUGUCCAGAGGGAGUUCAAAUCAGUGUAAUUAAGGUUCUAUUAACAAAAUGACAGCUCAAGGGGACUUUGUGUAGUGCUGCCACUUCAGUAUGUUUCAACCGGAACCUAUUUUUCCUUAUUUUUUGGUCUAAGUGGCUAAUGGAGGGAAAAACCUUUCAAAUCGGUCCAGUUUUGAGAGAGAGAGAGUAGGCUGCUGCUGGCGGUAACAUAAAAAGCUGCAAUGUGAAGACUAGGGGCAUUUAUGCAGUCAAUUUACGUCCACUAAAAGUGCUUGUUUUUCCACUGAUAGAUUCAGAUUGUUAAGUGUCUGACAGCAUCACAAAAAAGACCCCAACAAGAAAUGAACCUUUUUUUUCUUAAUCUUUCACUGGUCUGUUUGUUGUGUGUAACCAAGUCUCACUCAAGGAGAAGUCUCGUUCUGAAAUCUCUUGAGAGGUGACUUGUUUCAGGAAAGCUGUGGUGGAAAUCUUAUUGAGAUUUGGAGAAAGAAGUUCCAGGAAGGGUUUGUUGUGUUGAAAUACAGAAAACUUGGCUUAUAUAUAGCAAAUUAUUACAAUGUGGAAAAGUCUGCGAGAUUCCAUGAUGAGAGUUCUCCUUGAGCAAAACAUCUUUACACACACUAACAAACAGACCAGAUCUGUAAAAAGGCAAGGAAAAAUAUAUCUUUUUUUUGUAGGGUCCCAUCCAUACUGUUGCCAGACUCUUAUAUAGUCUGCACCUGUCAGUGGCAAAAACAAGAACUUUAAAUAGAUGAAACUGACAGUGCACAAAUGGCCUGAGUGGUUACAUUGCAGCCCUACUUUACUGCUGCAGCUAGAGCACUCUCGCUCAAUACUGGGCCAGUUUCAAAAAUUGCCAUUGCCAUUAGUCACCAAGAUAUAAAAACAUGGGAAAACAGGGUCCAAGUUGAAUAAUACCAAAAUUUCUCAUAAAGUUCCAGGGCACUGUUGUUUCUGUAGUCUUUACAUGGCUUGAAUUAAAACCAAUCGGCACAAUAGAAAGCUACGAGUGCUGUGGACCUAAAGGGACAUUCAAGUGUUUUCACUGUGAAGUCUUCCCCCAGAGUCACUUUGUUGAGGACCACAGGCUCACUGAAAAACAAAAAUCUCAGGGUUCCAAUUUUACACAUUUUCCCUUUAUUUUGGAAUUUGUGAACCUGUCAAAAAUUGUAGCCUGGUAAAUGUUGUUGUUUUUUUUUGUGCGAAAUGGUAUCAGUCAUGCAUAUCUGCCAUAUCAAUAUUACUACAGAAAGUUGAGUUAAUUGAGUCAUAAAUUCAUAAGUCCAUUUUCUUGUACUUUGUGAAUGGACACUCUUUAAAUGGGUAAACAGAGGUAUUAGAGAAACCCUAAAUCAGCUGCAUGGUAACAAAAUAUCUUGCUGCAACAAGGAUGGGGGCCCGGCCUGAUUUUUCUUGAACAUUUUCUCAGAUUUCAUGUUGAGAAAGGACAUAUUUUUGUUAAAUUUCUCUGAGCAACUUUGAGCAUUAUCACCUCAGUUCAAAAACGCAGUAGCAGAGACCAGUCUGUCUGUGGAUUUAUAGCCGUCAUGCAUUAAAAAAGCAGUCACACAACUGAUGCUGCAGAGAUUAUUCAGAUUCCUAAAGGCAGUCUGUCAGCCUUUUGUAGCCACGAACAACUCUUGACCUCUGAGCAGAAGAAAAGACAGCACACACUCUUAAGAUCAAGCAUGCCCGCCAUAUGUAGGAUUAGUUUCUUCAGCAUGUGCCAAGGGAUUGCUUUGCUUUGACAGGGCUGGGAGGGGACAAGAGGUGGUGAUGAUUUUAUGUGGUGCCACUUAGACUAAAACUUUUGAACAGAUUUUUAAAAAAUUUUGUAACUUAAAAACAAGAUUAAAAAGAAGUUUCAUUUGUGCCAGGGUGAUGCUGAGUAACAUGCAUUAACCACUAUAGUUGAUUUCACUGACAGUCAACCACUUCUUAAAGGUCUCUCUGCAUAGCUGCGUCUGACUUUCAGGGGCCGAAAAACUACUUGUAAUAUAACGAUCAAGUUUCCAAACUGCUGAACAGUUAAAAAGGCUAGCUUUGUUAAUUUAAUGCAGGUCUUUGUACUGCACCGUUCCAGCUGCAAUUUUUUUUUAAUAUGUUAAAAUUUUAAGAUAAUGUGUCGAUUUCAAAAUGUUGUUUCUAAAAUAAAA